AUGGGAAGACCUGUGACUCGAGCCAGUUAUAUGAGUCCCCCAAGAUUUUUGGAUUUGGAACAAAUCGACUCAACGGAAAGAGAAACUUCACGAAAACGCCGACGCGACAACAACACUCAGCACAUUGGCACCGUCAAGAAGUCUCGUCUUGAAAGUUUUCGGCCAACAACAAUUAUCAACUCGGUGAUUUCAACGUUCAGAGGCGCUUUCAACUACUUCAUGCCUACUGCACCCGCUAUCAUGGAUACAGAUAGGGCAACUACAUCACGUGCGCUGAAUCGACAAGAAAUUUACUUGAGCAAUUCGGAAGAAGAAGAUGAGGUGCAAGUGAUCGAGCCAAAUGAGCGGCGAUACUUGCGACAACCGGCAGCAGGGGAUCGAGGUGCUGCGGAAGAUGAUGUGAUUUUCUUGAGGCCAGAACCAAAGCGGCAAGAACCUCAUGCCAUUAUUAUUGAUAGUCCUUCUCUAACAAGGAACACGAUGACGUCUCCUCAAAAACCAUCAACAUCAUCUCGACAUGAAAUGACCUACGAGGAUGAGGUGAUUCCACUAGGCACGAAGAAAGCAGCAGAAUUAAAGACGCCAGAGAUUAUUACCUUGGACAAUCCAACCGACAUAGAAGUGAUCACUCUCGAAGAUGAAAAGUCAAAUCAUGCGACGCCAAAGAAUUCACUCCUCAGGUCGCCAAAAAAGCGGCCCCCAAUGGACACGAACUCGCUCGAUGUGUACAAAAGAUUGUUGGUCAAUGAUUUAAACCUGGGAUCGGCUUUGAAUAUGGUACCAUAUCAAAUCACGCAAGUGCCGCUGUACAGACGUGAUGGUUUAUUUAAGAAGAAGGGCCAAUCGAGAAGGGGAAGCCAUCUGCAGCGAGUCCAUCACGCUUUCAAUGGCGAAAAGGAGGAUGGUGACGACGAUAUCUCGAUUGUGAGUACGCGUGAUUCGACAUUUUCCACCCCAGCCUCUUUUACACAACGUUCUCGCUCGUCUUCCACCUCGUCGUCUGUGAUUGUGACAGCGCAAUAUUUCAACGAUGUUGAGAACAAAUUUACUUCGCUGAAUCUCAACUCCUCGGCUAUUGCUGCAAGAUUCGAAAAAUCGCUUCAACACCGUAAAACUUACGAUUCAUCGUUGAUUGUUGAAUUGGACCAGGUGAAGUCGGCAAGGAACGAGAAGAAAAAGGGGCAGAAUUUCGUGGAUGAGCUUAGGACAAAGCUUAAGAUCAGCGGUAUCAAGAUCCCUAUAGCAAAGCCGGAAAAGAAGAGACUGAUCGAUUUGCCAGCAGCCGCUGAAGAUUUAAUAGGUCGAGCCUGGAAUGCGUCAGCAAGCCAAACCGAAGUGAUGGGGAAAUGUUUUGGUGUCGAGAUCAUGCGCAAGGAUUUGCUCACACUUCGCCCAUCUCAAUGGCUAAAUGAUGAGGUCAUCAACGCUUUCUUAAGUCUGCUCGUUGAUCGAAGCGAAAAGUCAAGCAAAUAUCCGAAGGCCUACACUUUCAACACGUUCUUCUACAAAAAUAUUCGCGACCCAAACAAAGGAUAUAAGAGUGUUGCACGAUGGACUCGUAAGGUGGACAUUUUCGCGAAAGAAGUGGUUUUUGUACCCGUUCAUUUGGAUGUUCACUGGUGUAUGGCGAUAAUCAACAUGAUCGAGCAGAAGAUUGAGUACUACGACUCGAUGGCCGGCUAUAGCGACAGUGAUCAAUGUUUGCGACUUCUUCUCGACUAUUUGGUGAAAGAAGCGGAGAAUAAGAAAAAGGCGUUUAACCCAAAAGAAUGGAGCACAGUUUUCCGACAGGAUUGUCCUCAACAGAAGAAUGGUUACGAUUGCGGUGUCUUUUCGUGUCUCUUCGCCGAAUACGCAUCGCGUCAAGCGGAUCUCACCUUCACUCAAGCCGACAUCAACUACUAUCGAAAGCGAAUGGCUUGGGAAAUUUGUAACGCAAACAUGCUGGAGUCU